AUGGCAAAAGGUAUGAAAACCUUAAACUAUUAGAUACUAAGGGUACUAAAUCUACUAAUUAUAUAGGAAAGCUAUUUUGUUGUUAAAAUGACUAAUUUAUCAUUAAAUAAGUAGAUAAAAGUUCCAAAGAUGAAAUAGAAGUGCUUGAAUAAAUUAGAAUAUAACAAAAAUAUAUAAAACCUAAAUGCCAAUAUAUAAUUAAAAUACUUGGAAUAGAAGAAAAGGAAAGUUUUUAUAUUUAAAUGGAAAAAGGUAAAGAUAAUAUCUCAAAUUUGAUAAAAUCUAAUACAUCUCUUAGUGAAUUUUAGAAAAUUAAGAUAUUUGAAUAGGUAAGAUAUAUUAUAUAUUAAGAUGGUUAAAGGAGUAAUAGAAUUACAUGAUUUAGGCUAUUUUCAUAGAGAUUUGAAACCAGAAAAUUUUGUCUAUUUUCAAAAUGAAAAUUAAGAUUAUUAAGUCAAAUUAAUAGAUUUUGGAUUAGUAAUAAAUAGUUCUUCAAAUCUUAAAACAUAACAAGUAGGGACUUUCAAUUACAUGGCGCCUGAAGUAAUGUUAGAAGAGGGAACAUAAGAUAAGACUGCUGAUAUUUGGAGUCUUGGUAUUAUACUAUAUGAACUACUUACCAAAUAAAAUUUUUUUUAAGGUUUUUAGUUUAAUGUAAUUAUUAGCUAAUAAUGUAAAAAAUGUUGUAAAAGAGGGGAAUAAUUUAAAUUAAGAAGAGAUAGACAAUAGAAUAAACUAAUUUGUUAGAAAAGGAUAACCUCAAUAUGAUUUAAUUAACUCUAUGUUAUAAAAAGAAAGAAAAAACAGAAUUGAUUUGAAAACUUUAUUAUAGAAAAUAGAAUAGAAUUUACAAAAAAUUAAAGAAAUAGAAAUAUAAUAAAUAUAAUAAAUAUAAUAAUAGCUGACAAAAAGUUAGAAUGAUUUUUUGGAUAAAAUUUAGAAUUUUAUUUAAAUCCUCACCAAAAAGGAAAAAACUAUUAAUUAAAUUAAUAUAGAAGAUUAAGAAAAAUAGUAAUUGUCAAUAUAUAUAAAAAAAGAGUAAGAGAAAUAUUCAGAAAAUAUCAAAAAGAAUGAAUAGAAAUUAUAAUAGAUUUAAUAAAUUUAGACAAAAGAGAAUCUGAAAGAAUACGAAACUUAGCUAGCUUAAGAAAGUGAAUAAUUUAUUUAAGACAAAAAUUUCAUAAUGGAAUAUAUAUAAAAGUAAUAAAGUUUACUAGAAAAACAAUUAAAAGAUAAAGAAUUAUCUGAUUAAUAUCGAAAAGAAAAAGAAUAUAAUCAAUCUUUAUUUGAAAUUGUAAAAAAAUAAUAUAAUUAAUAAUUUCUGUAGAUUAAAACAAUUUCAGAACAAAUUAAGUAUUAUUAAAGAAUUAAACUAUAAUUUUAAGGAGAAGUGAAGAUUUAAGAUGUUAUACAAUAGCAAUAAAUAAUAACAUAAGAUAUUUAAGUAUUAGAAUAGUAAGAGAGGAUGAUAUAAUAAUUUGAUUAAAUACAACUAAUUCCUCAUUAUUAGUAUAGCAAUAGCAAACUUGAAGAACUUUAAUAAUCUUAAAAAAGACUCAAAAUUUUAAUUGAAGAGGCAAAUAAAUGUCUUAAAUAAAUCGAUAAUCAAUAUUUAGAUGAACAUCAUAAAUAAAUUGAUGAUUUAAACAACACUUUAAAUGAUAUAUUAGAGAAAUUUAAAUGUUUAUCUAAAAAUAAAAAAUAUGCAUCUAAGAUAAAUAUAAUUUUAAAUUAAAUUGAAAAAGAUUUUCGUAGGUUAAAUUUUCUAAAGGAAAAAAUUUCUUAAAGAAAUGAAAUGGCCUAUUAAGAAUUCGAAAAAAAAUAUUAAAAAAUUCAAUCAUCAUUAAAAGAGUAUAGCAAAUUUUAUAAUUAAUGGUAUUAAUGGAUUUACAAUGAUGAUUAAACUUAUAACAAAACAUAUGAAAAUGUAGAAGAGUAAUUACAGUCAUUUUUUAGAAAAAUAAAUGAAUUCACCGAAUAAAUUGAUAAAUUAAUCAAUAACCAAUAUUGUAAAAAUGAUCAAAAAGUUAAAUUAAAUAAUCAAAGAUAAAAUAUAGAUUAAACCAAAUAAGAAUUGUACAAUCAAUUUGAAACUUUCAAAUAAAUUUAAUAAUCAAAUUCCUGUGAAAGUAUCGAUUGCUAAAUACAAUUUUUGGAAGAAUUCUAGAAAAAAAUAAAGUAAAAAGAAAAAGAUAAAAUAGAAUAAGUAGAGCAAUUAAAGUAAGAAAUAGAAGAUAAAUAUAAAAGUGAAUAAGAAAAUGAAAUUUUAGAGUUAAAUAAUCAAUUAUAGAAUAGGUAUAAAGAAUUCUCAAAAGCUUUUUAAUAAAGUAUUGAAUUUUAUAAAAAAGAGCAUGACAAAAAAGAGAAACUUGAAAAAUAAUUGUAAGAAGAAAUAAAGAUUUUAGAAGAAUAUUUAGAAAUUUAAAAUCUAAAUAGUUAGUUAUUUAUUUAAGAAUUAAAUGAUAUUAAAACAUAAAGAGGGUAUUUAACAUAACAAAUUGAAGAGAUGAUCAAAAAAUUACAAUAAACUAAUAAAUAUAAAGGUGAUCGGUUAAAGAUUGUAGCAAAUAAAGUGUUUGAAAAAUCAAUAGAAAUAAAUUUUACCGAGAUAGAUGAUAAUUUAAUUUAGAACUAUGAAUAAUUAAAAAUGUAGGAAGAAUAAUUGCAAAUAGAAUUAAAUUAAAUAAAUGAUAAGAUAUCGAAUUAAUAAUUAAAUCCUUAGUAAUUAAAUGAAUUAAAAGAUUAUAUUCUUAAGAUAUAUUCUAACAUCAAUGAAUUACAGAUGAAAAUUUCAAAGGAUAACGAUUUAUACUAAUAGUUCAAUAAAGAUUAUCAAUAAAAUUUAGAAUCAUAUGAAAAAUUAUAUGCUUUAGUUAAUUAUAUAAAGUAAUAUCAUUUAACAAGAUAUUAUGAAAGAAUCAAGGAAAAUAAAAAAAAUGAAUAAAAAUAAAAAUAAUAAAAUAAGGAUAAAAAUGAUUACCAAAAAUUAUUUUAAUCUAAACUAAAUGAAGCUUAGGAAGAAAAAACAAAAAAAGAGAAGGAAGCAUAAGAUAUAUUCUAAAGAUAUGAAAAUAUUUUAUUUAAAAGUUACUGUAAGAUGGCAAUAGAAAGUAUGGAAAAAGAUUAAGAAGAAAUUGAGAAACAGAUUUAAGAAUAAGAAAAUUAACUAAAAUAAAAAUAUUUAGUAAAAUUAUAAGGAAAUUUGAAAAAUUAAUCAAUUAUAAAAGAGAUUUUUAAUGUCAAAUAAUAUUAUAAAAUGCAAGAGUUCGCCUAAAUGCUAAUAUUGAAUAUGAUAAUAAAGAAAUGA